GAGAAGUUCGUUGCGAUGAAGCGAAUUCUGGAAUUGUUCGUUCUCGCGACGAUCUUGGUCGUAUGUUCGGCUAACUGCCGAUCAAACUUACAUGGACAUCAAAAUUAUUACCAGUGUGAAAAUGUCACGAAUCUACAGAUACUCUCAGUGAUACCUAAAGGAGUAAUAGGCAUCAAUAUUAAGAAUUCGAACAUCAAGAAAAUACCGACAGACGCAUUCUUGAUGCAUGCCGAUUCUCUGGAGGAACUUAAUAUCACCGGAUGCGGCGUGGAGGAGAUCGAGCCUAACGCGUUUCGAGGUCUCAAACUACGCGUGCUGGGAUUGGUAGACAACAGAAUUCGUAAAUUAGACUCAAUGUGGAUUCAGGAUUUGACGAACCUUAAUGCGCUUAUCGUGUGGCGCAAUCGAAUCGCCGAAGUUGAUGUGCAAUUAUACGAUUUGUUGCCGAAUCUAGAGUUCUGGGAUAUCGCGCACAACGAGAUGAAUGCUUGUUUACCUACGGAAUUACUGAAAAAGCUAACGAAACUGAGAAAGAUUUAUCUCGCUAGCAAUCCAUGGUCGUACCGAUGUCGCCGCUCGAUGACGUGGUACUUGGGUAGUAAUCAUAUCCGUUUUGUCCAAGAUUGGGGUAGCAGCGACAUGCUAAUUGAAGAAUGUCUCGCCCAUGAGCCAAACGCCGACGUCGACGACAAUGCUUUAUCCAAAUGCGUUGAUCGCAAGAUCGGCUCUACUGAGAUGCUGCAAACUGUGUCUGGACUGAGUGAACAGAUCCGAGAACUCUCAAGAAAAAUUAUUGAAUUGGAAAUCGAAGUCGCCGCUUUGAAGAAAACCGGAUAUUAAUUCAAAGCUUGGAAUCUUUUUACCUAUUUAUGAAAUUGCGUUAAUGUAUAAUGCAUCAAUAUAAUAAAUUUCAGCAGAAUAUAUAAC